GAUGGUUUUUGGGAGUCGAAGUUUUUUGCCUAUAAUCUUUGGAAUUAGUGACAAAUUUUAUUUUUUUAAAUAGGACCAAUUUGUUCCUUGGUUUUUAUAAUAUUUCUAGACAAUUUGCAAUGGCUUUAGCAGUACGGAAAACGAUCUCAGAUGUUCUUUCAGCAGCAAAAUGGUUCCUCAGAAGAGAUUAUAGAGCAUUUUCUAUACUGCCCGACAAAGCUGAGACACCACAAGAUGGGGUAGAGAGGAAGAAGCCAUUAGGUCGUAGACCGAGCAACCCAGGGUUAGAAUUCCGUCACAUUUAUCCGGAGUUUCUUCCUGACCCUAAUCCAAAAUGGAGAAACAGUCUUCGUGAGAAGUUGGAACGGGCUGACAUGCUUAAAAGGAGGAAUCAGAUUGAUAUUCCAGAAUUUUAUGUUGGUUCUAUUUUAGCAGUGACUAUAUCAGAUCCACAUGCGCAAGGCAAGACCAACCGUUUUGUAGGCAUUUGCAUUGAGCGCAAAGGUUGUGGUCUAAGUGCUGAGUUUACAUUGAGGAAUGUAGUUGACCAUCAAGGAGUGGAGAUUCGGUAUCAAUUGUAUGAUCCCACAGUCCAAAAGAUACAAGUGCUACGUCUAGAGAAACGUUUAGAUGAGAAACUCUUCUACCUGCGUGAUGCAUUGCCAGAGUACAGCACUUUCCCAUUUGACAUGGACCCUGAGAUAUUGCCUGACGGAACACCAGUACCAAUAAAUCCUGUUCAGGUGAAGUUGAAACCAAGACCUUGGUUGGAGCGGUGGGAGAGACAAGACUUAAAAGGUGUCUCCAAUAUUGAAGAAUAUCUUAAAGAGAAGGACAGAGUUAGGAGGGAGCUUAGGAAGACUCCUUGGGAGAGAUAUGAUUUGAUGAAGCAAUACAGGAAAACUAUUCCUGAGGAAGAUCAAAGCGAGAUAUGGGGCGAGGUCUACAAUCAGUUGCAUCAACUCCAACUUGCGCGCAAGAAGAUGUCACGAAAACGUACCUUUACUCCACCAAAAACUCAGUUGGGCUGAGUUUCAUCAUUGUUAGCAUUAGUGAAUUCUUAACUUAGAUAAGUGAUACAAUGUAAUCAUUUAUUUAGCUAUUAAAGAUUUUCAACAAAAUUUUUCUCUCAGUAGAUUGGAGUGUGGCAACUUGGCAAGUGAAAAGUAUAGAUUGUGGUUGUGUUAAAUAAACAAGUAGUCUAACAACCUGUAGUCACAUGGAGAUCGGAAACAACAAAACAUAACGUCGAUAAAUAGCUCUGCCCUUUCAUAGACAAUGCCAGUGAUCAUAUUAUUAAUAUCAUUGAAUAUUGACGUUAUUUCAUGAACAGACAGGCGUCUGUUUAUGAAAUAACAUGAUUUUACUGGGGAAUUCAACAACCUAAACUACUACUACGAUAGUUGCGAAAAUCAGCAUCCGCAUUCAUCAAUGCUGAUACUCAUUACGGAUGGUCGAGUCGAGACAUGACUUAAACAGACUUAGGCGAAAAAGCAGCUGAACUCUUUUUUUAAAUUGUUUUCAUGCAGAUUGAUUCUUUCGUUAAUAAAUGUCACAAAAUUAUUGAUAUAAUAU